CCCAAGCCCCCACUUCUUUUCUCUUGUCAUCAAAUGACCCCAAAAUCAAAUCUUUGAUCAUAAUCUAUCUGCCUUAUCUCUCAACCUACGAUUCUCCGAAUAUCCUGCAAUGGCUGCAGCAGCGUUGUUCUACGUCUCUCUGGCUCGACCCUCUGCUCCCAUUGCAUCACUCUCACCAAAGCUUUUUCCAUCUAAGCUUCUCACCCAGAAAUUGCAAUUGCUCUCAUUUCGCCCUACCCACCAAGCUCUCAGACCGCGCUUCUCUACUACUGUUUGCUCUUACUCAUCCGGAAAUCGACCCGACCCUAAAGGAAGUGGACCCAAUUGCCCAAUUUUUAGACGGUGGAGUGUUCCAUGGAAUUGGCAAACUAUUUCUCUUACUUCCCUUGCUUGUGGAUUCAGUUUUGUUUUGACAGGACUAAUAGAGACAGCAGCAAUACCUUACACAGGAAUUCAGGUCGAAGAACUAAGCUUGGAUGAGAAGGCAGAAAUUUUGUUUCUAGACCAAGCUAUUACAACUGCAAUUGUUCUUGGAGUUCUCUAUACGCUGACCAAGUCAUCUAAGCCGCUUCCCAGUGACAUAUAUUGCUAUGAUUGGAGGGAGCCAUUCAAUCUUCAAAGAGGUUGGCUGUUGUGGGCAGCAAUUGGUCUUGCUGGAGCCCUGGCUGCUAUUGCACUCACAGGAGUUGCCAUGUCUUCUUUGAAUAGUGAACCCCCAACGAGAGAGACUGAUGCUCUAGUUCGCUUGCUUCCAUUGAUUGGCUCUUCAAACAUCAGCACUCUGAGUCUAUUGGGUAUCACUGGUGUCCUUGCACCAGUUCUUGAGGAGACAGUGUUUAGAGGCUUUUUGAUGGUAUCCCUGACAAAGUGGCUGCCUAGCCCACUUGCUGUCCUUCUCAGCGCCGCUGUAUUUUCUGCUGCACAUUUAACACCAGGAGAAUUUCCUCAGCUUUUUGUACUAGGUACUGCUUUAGGAUUUUCAUAUGCUCAAACCCGAAAUCUACUUACACCAAUUACUAUUCAUGCUUUUUGGAACUCUGGAGUUAUUUUGCUUCUGACCUUCCUUCAGCUCCAAGGAUAUGACAUCAAAGAACUCAUACAAGCAUCUUGACAAAAGACUGAUUAGAUAUAUUGAUAUAGACAUUUAGUAUUUUAGGGCUUUAUGUUUUUUUGGCUUCGAGGAGAAAUGGCUACAAGAGCUUUGUUAGAGCUGUGAAGUUGACAGGUUACUGGGGAGGCAACAAUGUUCUUUUCUGAUUGGGUUAUAAGCAAAGAGAAAAUGGUGCUAUUUUUCAAUGUUUUGUAUAGCUGUGUUAUUCAAGCUCUGAUGAUUAAUCUUCAACCUUUUCCCAUAAUGAGCUUUGCUAAGCAUGUUAAGUUGUAAAAUAUUUUACCUACUAUUGGUGUUAAUUUCAACACUACAAUCCCAAUAUAGAUUGAAUGCUUUAUCA